AUGGCCUCGUUUCCCAACUUCAGUCGCCGUGAGCCCAGAGCUCCUCGGCUUGACACAGCUACCAUCGAGACCUCCGACUCUCCUUCAGAAUCGACCGCUCCUACUUCGACACUCUGCAUCGGAUCAGUCUGGGACGCGAACCCCUGGCAAUACACAUCCCCAACCAGCCCAACUGCUCAACCCGACUUUGUCGUUAUCGGCGAGCCUCUUGACAGCCUCCUCGCCCGCCGCCGAGCCUGGAACCGUGAGACCGACUAUGGCCGCAAGUGCGACCCGAACGGCUGGCAGGGCUCCCACCGCAACCAAUGGCUCUGGGAACGACAGCGCCGAAUCAACUUGCAUGAGAAAGAAGACAAGCACUGGCCCGAUGUCACACUCACCACCCCAAAUUGGAAGAAAGCUGCUGCUUUUCCUCUGCCGCCACCCAUCAGCCCGCUCACGAACACGGAACCCUUGGAGUGCGUCGGCGAGAUUGAAGAGGUGGUCUGGGGAACGUGGCAUUACCACACCUCCGACUCCGACUCCGAAUUCUCCUGCUCCGACGACUCGCUCGCAAUCUUCCUCGGCGAACCGUAUCAAGCUCGCGAUGGUCAAGGAUCCGUGGCCUUCUCGUCUGGUAAGGAGGAUGAAGAGGACAUCCUCGGAAUCUUCGCGAACUUGAACUACGGAGCUGUGGAGGCCGCUAAGAUGGAGGACGGUCCUCCAACUGCACUUAUGGUUCCCUUCACUCCCGCGCUGACUCCUGCUGACUUGCGCUUCCCUAUGAUUUGGCCCUCGCAACUCCUGCUCGAUGCUGCUGAUGCGUGUCACAUCAAUCGUGGCUUCGAGGACGAGCCUGCUACUCAUGCGACAGUGCACACGGCUGCGGCGGUCUCGGUAUCCAGCGUAGCUGUCAUGCCCGCUGUUCUUGGAGUGGCUGUUCCGGUUCGCCUGACCAGCUGGACGGCUGCGCGGCAAGUCAACAUUGCCGGCCGUCAGUCGAGUGCUGCUGGUAAGUAG